AGAGUGAGAGUGAGUGGAAGAUAUUACGAUGCAAUCGAAUAACGGCGGCUCUGAUUCAAAGCCACAAGAAAAGCAGAAUAAUAAUAGUAAUAAUCAACAACAACAACAACAACGACAGACUCCGCCGCCGCAGUCGUGGGUAGCGAUGCAGUAUCCGGCGGCGGCGAUGGUAAUGCAGCACCAGAUGAUGGCGCCACACCAUCAGCAUUACGGUCAUCCUCCGCCUCCUCCGCCUCCGCCUCAGCAUUACGUGCCGUAUCACCCUUACCAGCUACCACACUCUCAGUCUCAGCAGCAGCAGCAACAAGGAUCUAGCGGCGAACACAACAAGACGAUCUGGGUUGGCGAUUUGCACCAUUGGAUGGACGAGAAUUUCCUCCACAAUUGCUUCGUCUCCACCGGAGAGAUUGCCUCCGUUAAGGUCAUUCGCAAUAAACAGACUGGUUUAUCUGAGGGUUAUGGAUUUGUGGAAUUUUUUUCGCAUGCGACAGCUGAGAAAGUUCUACAAAAUUAUGCUGGACUUUUUAUGCCUAAUACAGAACAGCCCUUCCGGCUGAACUGGGCAACAUUUAGCACGGGUGACAAGCGAUCAGAUAAUGUUCCUGACCUUUCUAUCUUUGUAGGAGAUUUAGCAGCAGAUGUUACAGAUAGCUUAUUGCAUGAAACUUUUGUUAGUAAAUAUCCAUCUGUUAAAGCUGCAAAAGUUGUUUUUGAUGCCAAUACUGGCCGUUCAAAGGGUUAUGGUUUUGUGAGAUUUGGAGAUGAGAACGAGAGAUCACAGGCCAUGACUGAAAUGAAUGGUGUUUAUUGUUCGAGCAGGCCUAUGCGCAUUGGUGCUGCAACUCCUAGGAAGUCAUCUGGAUAUCAACAGUCUCAAGGUGGAUAUGCAUCAAAUGGUAUGUCAGCGCAACAGGCUGAUGGGGAUUUUACAAACACCACAAUAUUUGUUGGAGGGCUUGACCCUAAUGUCAGUGAUGAAGAUCUCAAGCAGCCUUUCUCACAGUAUGGUGAUAUCGUCUCUGUUAAAAUACCAACUGGAAAAGGGUGUGGGUUUGUACAAUUUGCUAACAGAAAUAAUGCAGAGGAGGCAUUACAGAAAUUGAAUGGCACAGUAAUUGGCAAGCAAACUGUGCGUCUUUCUUGGGGUCGCAAUCCAGCAAAUAAACAGUUUAGAGCAGAUUAUGGCAACCAAUGGAGUGGGGCAUACUAUGGAGGGCAGCUUUAUGAUGGUUAUGGAUAUGCUUUGCCACCACCUCAUGACCCAAGCAUGUAUGCUGCACCAUUUGCUGCAUAUGGAGCUUACCCCAUUUAUGGAAACCAACAACAAGUGAGCUGAAGGAACUGCACGAGUAGUUCUAGAAAUUAGACAAUAUCACGCUUAACUGGGCGAAAUUUCUUCAUUUCUCUGUAAGUUGAGUGGUUCUGUAGAAUUCUUAAGAAAAUCCCUCCAAAUGUGGAGUGGAACUGAAUUUUGACAGACUGAACUAAUUUUGUAGGGAUUUGACUAAUGAUUUAUUUACAAAUCACUGGACUGAAUGAGAAAACUUAUUUGUUGGAAUA